GACUGGCGACUUUAAAGGCGCACGUGACGCAAGCGAUGACGUAUGCACAACCUCCUCGGGGCGAAAAGGCCUAUUGAUGAGACGCCAUGGAAAGGCUACCUUACCUAUCAUCCAAUGUGUAUCUGUUUAUUAGUUUAUCUGCGCUGUCUUUUGCUCAAGAAAUAUUGCAGGGCCCUAAUAGCACGACUGUGUUCUUGAAUCAGUCAGCAGUGUUUACAUGUGAGACAGAUAGAGGUUUGGCUGGUUGGAGACUCAAUGGAACAAUCCUAGAAGAUCUUUCCCCUGAAAUUCAUGAUGACCUGGAAGUUUCGACAUUGAAUACUGCUCAGGGAAGUAGAGUGGAAAACCUAACCAUUCGAGCCAGAGCCGAGUACAAUGGAACUAGAGUUCAAUGUUUGGUUAUAGUUUUUGGUAGCCCAUCAGUGAACAGUCGGAGUGCUAAUUUGAAGAUUCAAGGUCGACUGCAGGCAAUACGGGGCCUGAGUGCUACAAAGAAUACUACCUCAUUGACUAUAUCCUGGACUGCACCAUUUUCUCUGGAUGUGACUGGUUCUGAUCCUGACAUCUGGUACUCAGUCCUCAUUUAUAAUGUGACUGAUGAGAACAACCCAACAGCCAUCCUCUGUACUGACUGCAUCAAUAUCACAGAGACACACUACACUUUCUCUCCUGACUACACCAGUCCAUGUCAUGUGUACAACCUAUCUGUCAUCCCUCUAAACGGAGCUGGCCAAGGAGAAGGCACUGAUCUUACUAGUUCUUUAUAUGAUUACCCAAUAUUCGAUCAUAGAUAUUUAAUACGUUCUGGGGCUAAUGUUACAGUCUUCAAAUUCCCCGGAGGUAAUGUGUUUAGAAUUUUGAUUACAGCACCACUGUUUUUGGAAAGCGCAGUGUUGUGUUUUCUGGAUUACUCAAAUAUGUACUACAGUAGUACUCAAAAACACUGUCCAUCAGCAGUAUCAGUAGUAUUCCCUGAGUUGGCUCCAGACAGUGGGAUCUGGCUAAUAGACUCUGAGGUAGCUCUGGGGAAAGACUGUGACUACACUGUACACCUCACUUCUCAUAAUGAAGCUGGUGGCACCAACUCCACAGCAACACUCUCUAUCAGUACGAGGGUGUUGAUAGUGGAAGUGGAGGAGUUUGAGGGAGGGGUAUUGGUGAGGUGUGUGUUCAGACACACUCUCUCUGAGAGGUGCUAUGUGCAGCUAGUGAGUAGUGAAGUGGAGGGAGGGUUCCAGGUGGGAUGGUGUGUAGAGGGGGAGGGAGAGGGUGUCCACAGGUUCUCUAGCCUCCUCCCUGCCACAUACACUGUGUUGGUCUAUGGUAUGGUGGCAGAGGGAGGGGUGGACACUUGUUCUCCAGUUGCAGGAGAGCCUGACUACAUUACUGUGACAACUGUUGGUCGUCCACAUCCCUCCCCUGUUGCCACUCAACCUUCUCUGACAAGGUCACUUGUUAUUGCAAAUCCCUGGGGUGCUGAAGGAAUUGUAGUUGGUGUAUGUAUGGGCGCUGCAACUACAUGUGUUUUGUUUGUGAUGGGGCUCAUCAUUAGAAUGGUGCUGACGAAGCACAGUGAAAGAAGGAAAGAUGAGUUGACUUCGGCAUCUUCCCACCAUGUGACAAUGGAGAGGAACAUGGCAUAUGAGUUACACAAACCACUGCCUCAGAGAAAGAGCCACAAUAUACCCGGACAGUGCAGCUCUCAAACACCAAACCCAAUAUAUGAAGAUUUGAAGGUGUGGUGCUAUGAGUCCGGCUCAGUUUGUGACAAAAAGGAUAAAGAAGAGAUAUUUAGGGCUCUGCGUUCCAGCACUACUUGCAGUUGUGUGAGGCUCACUUUGCUGUGCUCUAUUGACACUCUCAUCACCAGAUAUGGGUCGAGUCACCAUUAACGCUUUGCUACUCUUCUUGCUAUUGCAAACUUGCCUCUUGCAAG